ACAGCACCCGAUAUGACCAGCACAGUUUGGUUCAUCACCGGCGCAUCCUCUGAUAUUGGCCGACCUAUAACAGAGCAUUAUCCUCAGCCAUUGUCGUCGCAACACUACGCAAGCCCUCCGCGCUCGCCGACCUCACCGCCAUUUAUAGACCAAGCGCCUGCUUGUCGUCGAGGUGGACGUGGCCAACUGAUAGUCAGCACCGCGCUCACCGCAGCGAAGGACGCGUUCAGCCGGAUCAACGUCGUCUUCAACAACGCCGGAUAUGGAACCAUGGCCGAGUUCGAGGGCACACCCGAGGAAGAUGCUCGCAAGAUGGUCGACGUGAACACCGAUGUCUGCGAACGUCCUGCUCGAGAGCCUCCGGUUCUUCCGUGUGAUGAAUCCAUCCUGUGCAGGUGGAACGGUUCCGCAGAUCAGUGCAAGCGCUAGCGCUCAGAUACACUACAGGGUGGACGAAUCCCUACAUCAUCAAUGUUCGCGGGCUGUUCUUCUGCAGAUUCCCUCUCCACGGGGUUCUUUGGUGGCAUGAGUUUCCUCAAAGCGCAGAUUUGCAGACGCUCACAACCAAGGAGGGAUGACGACCGGUCGUUUAGCUUUGCGUUAGAUUAACGAGAAAGCCAGAGAACGUCUUACGUUCAUCGUAUAUGUUAUUCUUGCUAUUGCCCUCGAGUUUGUUGCCUGGUUGGUUCCAUCACUUGCCAGGUGACGCCGUCCGUGUAACAGCCAUUGGGAUAUUUCUGGGUCAUGUGUACCCUAUCGCGAUGAUUCACCCUGGAAGGGUGUUGCCUCGGUGGCUUCUCAUAACCAUCGUCGGCGUAGGG